ACUGUAGUUGAAGGCUUUGUUGAUUGUGUAAGGCUUGCAUGGGUUGUACAAUUGAUUAUGGUACAGGAUGGAAAUGACGCAAACGAGGCACUGACAAGUACUUUGUCUAAUGAUAUGAAAAGUGUUUGCUCAUGUUUGGACAUCAUUUUUGCCAAUAAUGUUUUCCAGUUUUGGCUGGAUUAGAUCUUUCAUACAGCAGCAUAUCAGAUAGCAUAUAGCCUUCUAUUCUCUCUUGUCAUCGCUUUCAUAUCACAUGCUUUGAGCACAGUACCGAACAAAGCGUCUGUCUUGUCCCAGGAUGCUUCUUUUAGGCGUGAAUUUCAUGAGAUUGUGAUGGUUGCUGGAAAUGAUGCUGUAGUUGAAGGCUUUGUUGAUUGUGUAAGCCUUGCAUGGUUUGUACAAUUGAUUGUGGUACAAGACGGAAAUGAUGCAAACGAGGCACUGACAAGUACUUUGUCUAAUGAUAUGAAAAGUGUUUGCUCAUGUUUGGACAUCGUUUUUGCCAAUAACGUUUUCCAGUUUUGGCUGGAUAAGAUCUUUCAUACAGCAGCAUAUCAGGGAAUGCUUUCUGGUGAACCGACUAUUGUUGAUGCUGCUGCUGCUCUGCUGAAAGCUACAGUUACUAGGAACCCAAAAGCAAUAAUCCGAUUCUACAGUACAGGCGCAUUUUAUUUUGCUCUGGCUUACCCUGGAUCUAAUUCUUUCAAUUGCCCAACUCUUCUCAGUGACUCAUGUUUAUCAAGCUUUUCAUGGUGGUGAGGACGCUGCAGUUUCCUCUUCUCUACCUUUGGCGAAACGAAGUGUUUUGGGCGGCCUCUUACCUGAGUCAUUGCUUUAUGUACUGGAACGUAGCGGCCCAGUUGCUUUUGCCGCAGCAAUGGUUUCUGAUUCUGACACUCCUGAGAUUAUUUGGACACACAAGAUGCGAGCAGAAAAUUUGAUCCGUCAGCAUCUUGGUGAUUCCCCCAGAAAUUGUCACAGCAUUGUCAUUCCUUAUAUGACUAUGCUCCAAUGCAACCAGUGACAUAUCCAGAGCUGAAAGAUAAAAUGUGGUGUCAUCGUUAUUAUCUCGAAACUUAUGUGAUGAAAUUAGAUUUCCUAAUUGGCCUAUUGUUGAACAUGUUGAGUUUUUGCAAUCAUUGCUAGUAAUGUGGAGAGAAGAGUUAACUCGAAGGCCAAUGGACCUUUCUGAAGACUUUGCUUGCAAGGUACUAGAGAUUUCCAUUGAUGAAGUAUCCAGAGAUGACGCCCCUGAAAAACCAAGUUUUGAGUCAGUUGAGGAGAUACCUAAUAUAUCAAAGCAGAUUGAGUAUAUUGAGGGAAAAGCUCAAGAGACAGUAUAGGAAACUUGCAAUGAAGUAUCUCCAAACAAAAAUCCUGAAGGGAGGGAGAAUUUUCUGGCGGUGCAGAAAGCUUAUGAGUGCUUGCAGGUGACCAUGCAAGGAUUGCAAGGUCCCCAGACUUGGAGGUUGUUGCUUCUCUUAAAGGGCCAGUGUAUUCUAUAUAGGCGAUAUGGGAAUGUAUUGAUGCCAUUCAAAUAUGCUGGAUAUCCUAUGCUCCUAAGUGCCAUUACAGUGGACAAGGAUGAUAACAAUUUUCUUUCCUCUGAUCGAGCACAUCUUCUAGUUGCAUCCUCGGAGCUUGUUUGGUUGAUAUGCGAGUCUUCACCAUUCAAUGGUGAAGAGCUUGUGAGAGAUGGUGGAAUACCUCUUCUUGCAACCCUCCUUUCCCAUUGCAUGUGUGUGGUCCAGCCAACAACUCCUGCCAUUGAACCGUCCGCUACUAUUGUUGCUAGCAUAAUGCGAACCUUUUCAGUUUUGAGUCAGUUUGAAAGUGCGAGAACGGAGAUGCUCGAAUUUUCAGGAUUAGUUGAUGACAUUGUUCAUUGCACUGAACUUGAGCUUGUUCCUGCUGCUAUUGAUGCUGCCCUGCAGACCAUUGCUCACCUUUCUAUCUCCUCUGAAAUUCAAAAUUCCCUUCUGAAGGCUGGUGUGCUGUGAUAAUCUGGAAUUCCUCCACUCGAGUAGAACUUUUGAAAUUUGUGGAAGAGCAGCGUGCAAGCCUUAGUCAUCAUGGUUCAUAUGACCUUAAAGAUUCGCAUUCCUUUGUUUAUGAAGCAUUAUCUAAGGAGCUCUAUAUUGGCAACGUAUACUUGAGAGUCUAUAAUGAUCAACCAGAUUUUGAAAUUACUAAGCCUGAGGACUUCUGUCUUGCCCUUGUUGAUUUUAUAUCACAUCUAGUCCAUAAUGCACCCGCUGCAAGCAUGGAUACUCAUGUUAAUAGUGAUGUAACCACUGAUGGAUCUGCCGAGCAGCAUUCUUCUGAUGAUUCUUCAGCAUCACUUGAUGGGAAAAGCCUGGAGAGGGAGGAUUUGGAACUAGUUAAAAAUCUUCAAUACGGUCUGCUAUCCCUUCAGCUCUUGUUGACAAAGAAUCUGAAUUUAGCUUCAGUGCUCUCCACAAAGGAGAAGCUAUUUCCCCUCUUUGAAUGCUUUUCUCUUCCUGUUUCUUCAUCAAGCAACAUUCCUCAGCUAUUUCUACUUGUUUUGUCACGGUUGACAACAUAUGCACCUUGUGUGGAAGCAAUAGUCGCAGAUAGCUCUGGUCUGCUUAUUUUAUUACAGUUGCUUCACUCAUCUCCCAGCUGCCGUGAAGGAGCUUUGCAUGUUCUCUAUGCCUUGGCAAGCACGCCGGAGCUAGCUUGUGCAGCUGCAAAGCAUGGAGGGGUGGUUUUCAUUCUUGAAGUUCUCUUGCCAAUACAAGAAGAAAUUCCGUUGCAGCAAAGAGCCGCAGCAGCUUCGCUAUUAGGGAAGCUUGUUGGCCAGACUAUGCAUGGGCCUAGAGUGGCGAUAACUCUGGCAAGAUUUCUGCCUGAUGGCCUUGUCUUGGUAAUCAGGGAUGGUCCUGGUGAAGUAGUUGUGACUGCUCUUGAACAAACAACAGAAACUCCUGAACUUGUCUGGACUCCAGCAAUGGCUGCAUCGUUGUCUGCACAAAUAGCAACUAUGGCUUCGGAUCUGUACCGUGAACAGGUGAAAGGACGUGUUGUUGAUUGGGAUGUACCUGAGCAGGCCUCUGGCCAACAGGAGAUGAGAAAUGAACCUCAGGUUGGAGGGAUCUAUGUUAGGUUAUUCCUGAAAUAUACCAAAUUUCCAGAGAUUUCUUGAAGGGCUGCUGGAUCAGUACCUUACAUCCGU